CGGCCCAACUACAGCAGCGCCUGGCAGCUAUCCGACAGCGCCAGGCACAAGCUCUCAAUGCAACAACACCACCCACCUCCUCGGAAGCAUGUAGUACCGCAAACGCACCAACUACCACAACAAAGCAUAAGCCUAAUUUGUCUACGUGGGACGAUGCUCCUAAGGUCAUUGCUAAAGCACCACGAAUAGAUGUGAGAUUACCAACCGAUACACAACCACCCAACAAGGCUGGCGGAGAUAGGCAGUCACGUGCUCCGGUUCGUAUACGCCCCAAAAAGAAGACGAUUGUAGGCGUGAAGAUAUCGGGUAGGGCAAAGGCUAUGGCUGGUGCUUGCAAGCUGGCUUCGAAUGUACGUGUAAAUGGUACCGCCUCGGCCAAGAGUGGGUGUUCAUCCAAUGACAAGCCUAAAGUAAAGAGGAGGCGGCAGGAGGUGGGUGCUGAUACGGUUGUUGCUAGACAGACAAGGUUAAGGUCACGUUCGCGAGAGAGCGAGGUAGCACAGCACACGGCAGAGCGCGAGAGGGAACGCACUACAGAGGUGGGAAGUGGGGCAAAGCAGCGAAUGACGAUAGUUAGUAGUAAGGGUGUGGUAGCAGAUAUGGGUCCCAAUUUGAUACCUAACUUUCCCGGUGAGAGACUUGAAGAACGGGAGCACAAUUUAAUUCAGCAAGGGGUGGGUGGGGAUGAGGAGUCAGCCGAGCAGGAGCGUACAACGGCUGCGACGGAUAGAAACGAUGGGCCUACCGAUACGGUAGUCAACGAAAGUAGGCAGAACGAUGGGGGAGAUAGUAAGACAAUGUUGAAACAGCCGCGAGUGUGUAGGCGCAGGACAGUCAAGCAUGUGGCACGAACACCUCACAGCACAUCCACACGCACACAGAUACAUCCCACACACACACGCACACAACCUACACCUAAUAUACAGGUAAUGGGUGAGGAUGGUGCCCCUGGACUGGUAAACGGGGUGUACACCCAGAAGGAUAGUCAAGUGAAGAUGGCUGAGGGAUCAAGCAGUAUUGCUACAAGCAAGCGAUCCGACCUGGACAGGCGUGAACAGUGUUCUAUCACUCAGAAGGGUAGAGCACAAUCGCUCUAUUUGCGGAAUAGCCGCAAACGUCCGUUUGAGUCUGAUAGUGAUGAAGAAGUCGACAACGGAAUAGCAGAGAAUGAGUUGGAUACGUGCGGUGAUGGAGAGUUUAUGAGCAGGUGUAGAGGUGCCUGUGGAGGCUCCAGUGGAGGGACCAGCGGAAUGGGAAGCGAGUGCAUUGAUUUUUAUAGCAAAGAAAGACAAACACACACUAAAGGAGAAGGUCUCAAAAGUAGAUCAGGAUCUAAAGAGCGUGGAAAACUUCGAGAGAAGAGCGGUGAAGGCGGCAGUAGUGGUAGGUAUGCGAUGGAGCGGGAUAGUGCGGGUGGGCGUAGCAGUGAUACGGAGCGCGCGAACACAGCUGAACAAAACAGCUGGCAGCUACCCUUGGCAGAAGGGAGGGAAGCAGGGUUGUUCACACAGGCGUUUGCGGCCAAUGCUGGAGACGAUGAGAAGGAGAAUGAGAGCUCCGAGUGGGUGCAGGGCGAUACACAUACACGCACUGCUGGUACAUCUAAAUGCAUUACAGGCGACAAGGAGACGGAUACCGCAGCUGGUAUACUUACUGCAAGUAGGAGGCAUCGCAACAGAUCUCCGGUGAAGCGGUAUCGGCGCAAGGUUGUGGGUGUGGCGGGCGAGGUCUUGUUACAGUCUCCGUUAGCUCCAACGGCGUCUAUACGUAAACACGAGCGAUCGGAUGUGAGUGGCGAUAGUGGAGGUGUAGUUAGUGCUUUGGAGGCGAAUGGGGGACGUAGAACAAACGAGGACAAGGCUUUACAACCAAAUGAACUGAUAAUAGGGUUUGGACGAACGGGGACAUCUGUGCAAACUCUCUCGAAGGCUUGUCCGUUGACUGACAUAAGGCCUGUACCAGAAGCGGUGAGACAAAAUCGGACAAAAUUAACACCCAGAGUCCAUACCAGCACAAAAAUAUCAACGAAGCCUCGGCCCGCUACAAAGCCCCGAAGGAAACACUCAAUUUCGUUGCAAAGAGCACAAUGGCAAAUGCCUGUGCAACGACGGGAAAACGGAUACAUCUCUCAGGACAGUUCAAGCGAGGGAACGGAUACCAGCACAGCCCCAGACACAAGCACGGCUAUGGCUACGGCUACGACUACAGACAGUGAGAUAUGCAGUGCAUCACAGUCUGCAUCGGAUUGGGAGAAAGCGACAGGGAAGCACACAAAUGCACACGUGUACAAGCAUAAACACACGAGGUACAACAAAUCAUCAGCACCCCAGACACGGAGGAUCAGACGACGGAACAGCAGGAGGAACGAUAUCGACGGCAAGACGCGACAAAGCAGACUAACAGCACGACAGCGUAAAGCGACGGAACUAGAGCGACUGUAUGCACAUAGGUUUAUAUGGCCACCCCCACAGUACACAGACCUAGUCAAAGCGAACUUUACGCUGCCAAUGGAGAUGGUGGCGCGUGAAUGGCCUGAGUGGCAGCAGCAGAAGAAGUUGGCGAGGCUGAGACGGGUGAGUGGAAGUGAUGCGGAUUCUAGUAUGGGUGUGGUUGUUAGUACGAGUAAGAUGCACGGCAGUGGUAGCGGUGGUCGUAAUGGCGAUACCAUGCAAUGCGGGGGUAGGCAAUCACGAGCCACAGGCAUACCUAAGAAUAUGGGGGCCCGAGUACAGGCGAAUGGAAGAGAUUUAAGCGAAGCCACACCUGAGAGCACGCGUAGCAGAACAACGCCAGUGGGAGUGUCCGGGGGGGGACAUGCACAUGCACGUUAUGGUGCCAGUCAUGGAGAGGCUACAGAUAUCGAUACACAGAGUGUGAAGGGGAGCGGAGAUGACAGGGGGAGUUCAAGUGAUAAUAACAGCGAUACGGGAUGUCGGAAUAAGGUGUCCCCGCCGAAUAGGCAAUCGUUUGGUAGUGGGGAAGGGGGUCAGUUGUCUGCCUCAGAGGCAAUGGAGAUGGAAACGAAGAUGGAAUUACACAACACUGCGGAAGAACAGCGCGUGUAUGCGGUCGAGUAUACUUCCGAGGAGAGCGACGCACCGACUCGAACUCGUGUAGGCCGAAAAGUGGGUAUACUAUUGUCCCAAUCUUCGCAGGCAAAUGAUCAUUCGGGGCAUUCCGUGGGUGUGAGAGAGCCCGAGACUGUCGUGCAUAAGGAUUCGGUCGUGCCCGAUACUGCGAUGGACAUUAGUGAUUUGGCUAUAUAUAAUAAGAGUGCAGCUCAGAUGUCAUCUGGCGAAAGCGAUGAGCCUAUGAGGGGCCAUGCACACCGAAAGCGCUCCAGAACUCUGCGGAAGAGUAGCGGCAGUGCUGUGGUGAGAAUGGGAGCUGCCAGCUGUAGGAGCCCUUGUGGGAACAGCCGGAGACCGAAAGGACACAGGAAGGCAAAUAGAGGAAAUAGUCGUGCAGAAAAGAAAUACAGAAAUAGAGUGGCCGCCGGCUGUGGAUAUGCGAGCGGUCCCGUGGAAAGCGAUAGAAGUGACCUGGAGGACACGGGCAUACGCGAACAUCGCAUGGUAGCUACGGCUUCAGAUACACAGACGUUACAUACGCGCAAGGGCGAGGCCGUGCACGUCCACGAUAAAGGGAGUCCGAGAAAGGGUGAGUCACGGAGAGUAUACAAACGAAUACUGGAGGAGAGCAGCGGCUUAUCUAGUGCAGCUAGUGAUAGUGACGACGAUGAUGUUGUGGUGUACAGACGGCCAUUAGUGAAGCCUGCGCUAGGUACUACAGGAGGAAAGGAUGGUGUUACUAGAGCAAACGCUAUGGAAGGUGAGAUGCCGGGCACGGAGGAUGUGGCAAAUGCGGGGACGGGCAGCGGUGAGCGAGUGGUAGAUACGACAGCACCUGUAUUGACAGAGAGCACCGUGAGGCUAAGCGCGCUACGGUCUGUACCUAAAGUAGAUGUGAAUGCACGAGGUUCGGUACAUGGAUCGUCUGAGGACAGGUACGGGACAUCGAGCUCGGAGAAAGAGAGUGACAAUGACAGUGUUGUGGUGUACAGAAAAUCGACAAAAGAACCCAACGUCACGUCUGAAAGUGUAGAGGAUUACGUUUCUAAUCAUACAACUAAGCGCGAUCGCACCAACAGGUCGGAGAAAUGGGUUGGUGAUAUGGCGAAUGUCUCGCUUAAAUGGGACAGACCAAACCAAAACCAGAAAGUGGACAGCCCUGGUUCUAAGGUGCAAGGGCCGGAGGAGUCGCUUUCUCUCAACACCUUAUCACUGACACACCCGCAUUCUCCACAGCAGAUAAUGCCGUGUACCUCCCCUGCUCACACGCAGCAGAUGCUGUCGCAAACUUGCCCGCCGGGGCCAGCAGGGCAGUAUAAAAAACACACGUCGUCGCAAACCCCGCCGCAAACCUCAACUCAGCCUUCUGUGCACUCGUGGUCACUACCUGCUUCAGUGUCAGCUGCAGCUUCAGCAGCACGUUGUUCUGCUGAUUCGGGCUCGCCAUCGCUGCUACGUUCCAUUUCCACACUCCCAUUGCCGGCCAAGACUAUAGCGUCCUUGAACGGUCCAUGUGGCAGUGUUUCUGUAUCAGACACAGAUGGGGUUGGGGAAGCUACUGUAAGAACACAAAGCAGUACAAAGGGUAAGCUACUACGCUACGACUCAGAGCGGCCACAAAGGGAGCUACAGGCCAACCGUAACAGCGCAGACAUGUUACAGAGCGAAGGCAUACCUAGUGAGUCGGCAUCUGAAAUGCUCCAAGACUCCCCAACACACACACCCACGCAAUCUGUCUGUGGUUCAACGAAUGCAUCGCUGGCACGAGAGUUGUUGGGUACGUAUAAUCCGUCGCGAGUGCACGGUGUUGUACUUGGCCAAGACUUGAACGAGUCCAAAUCGGAAUCUCCCGAAUCCGUGACUCUAAAAAUUGGGUAUGAGAUUACAAGCCCCGAAUUGUCCUUGAGUAAUCGCGGCAGCGACACUAAAUUGGCGAAUACAGGUCAGUCUGCCGAGGAGCGAACGGCGAAUGUGGAGGGCUUCUCAGCUGCCAGUUUGGAUGAGUCAGCAGAUGGAUGUAGCAAGGUUCGCAACCAUGGUGCUCGCCACUGGCACGCCGAUGUUGGUCAGGGCGCUGAGGGCAUAGCAAUGGACGACGAAGCCACGACAGUCAUCACAUGGACAGUACACUCGCUGACUAUCAGUGACACACUACUCAACCGCACAUGUACUAUACCCAUCUCUUGCAUCCGGGUCAGCGCCGCGGCGGUGCUGCCACACACCUGCAGUGGCACGUACAUGUACACGGCCGUAGUGGUUGGGAUGUGUGAGAAUGGCGGGGGUGCGCAGUUGUUUCUGUACCAUAUGGCGCAUGCCGAAGAGCCCUGUCUCAAGAAUGAGAAGUCAACGGGACAGUCACGUGCACAUGCAGAAGUAGGCGGACAUACGCGAGCAAGCACGACCCCAAGAACACCGGUAGAGGACGCAGUCGGACGUCAACCUGGAUCAGCUGAACUCUCGGAUCCGCGUGAUCCAGCCAAAUUUGGUAAUAAACUAAAAAUAGACUCUCUGCUGUUGCAUAGAGCGGAAGGUGCGGAUAGUGUGUGUGCGUUGGCUGUCACGGGUGAACGCAGUGUGGCGUACGCUGUGACGUGCAGAGGCGACUCCGGGGGGAGUGUGUACCAUGUGGAAUGGGGUAGUGAACUGAGAGGUCAGUCCGACUCAGCUGGUAGCUGCCCAACGGAUGAGUUGGUCAGUAAUUCUGUGUGCGCAAAGGGAUUGGACACAAGGGGACGGUCUGAGACAUACAAGCCACUAGGCACUGAGAAGCAUGCAAUGGAUACAGAGUGUGGCAGUGAGGUGUGUGGUGUCACUUCGGGACCACAUAGCAGCGACCAAAAGGAUGUGUGCAAGGCGAGUGCGUGUAGAGAUGUAAUGAACGAAGAGGGGUUAAAUUGUCGUGCAGAUAGGGGACUAGUUAAAGAGGAGGAGUCGUCUAGGAGUGUCGGUGGAGCUACACAAGACAUGAUGGCAGUGAGUGUCACUGAGUUGGAGCUACCUGAGGACUGUCUGUCUGUGCACUCGCUCCGGUUGGCUGAGGUGGAUGCAGCACUAUGCCGAUCGAAGGCCUUGUGUGCACCCACGUAUGUGAGUACAGUGCACGGAAUAGACCGAUCGCACACGGCUGGCACUCCGAAUUUGGGGACCGAGAGACCACAUCCUGAACCUGAAAUAAUAGAUAUUGGUUACGGUGGACUGGAAUCUGGGGGCGAAGUUCCAAACAAUGGGACCGCGAAGCCCCACUAUCACUAUGGCACGGACAUACAGAGUAGAAUGGGCAGUCCAGGGGCACCAGAUGGGGCGGUUGGGCGUGUGCCGGAUGUGAAGGUAGGCGGAAGGGAGGCAGCAACGGAAACGACAUGCACACACACAGAUGAUACCCAAGCAACGGAGAAGACAAACACACACACAGAGGAUGCACAAGCAACACAAAAGCAUGCGCGCCUAGGCACUUCUUUCCACUCGUGCGACCACGACUCAGGCGCAGUACACACCUCUGAGCUCAACGACGGUGUCUGUGAUACUGCUACAGAUGGCUGUGGUGGUCGUGUGCUGUGUGGGGUGGACCGCAACCACCACAUAGUGUUGUGGCAUCUCAGUAGUGGGUUGCGAGUGGCUGAUAUGCAGAUUGCCGUCGCUCCCACACGCAGUGCAGAGGAUGGGCGGGUGGUACCGAACUUCUAUGAGUGUGUUCAGGCCUAUGUACUGUCUGAUAAUGCGGAGGUGGGCGAGUACUGGGUGGGCAUGUUGGUGGUAGACCGUACACACAGGACAGAGGCGCUGAAGAUGAAGGAGCGUGCGGGAGUACACAAGACCGUGGUCAAAGAUAUAGCCAUACAUGCACACGGCAUACAGACAUACACACCUCAUGCCCACGAGCACCUGCACGAGAAUCUGGCCCAGGCACAGGAGACACGGGACAGGGGGGUUAGUUCACAGAGUAUGGGGGUGGCAGACAGUCCAUGCGCACCCGUUGCUAGGUUCAUUAGGGUGUGUCUCAGCAGCGAUGGGGUGUCGGCGGAUGUGUACAGAGAGUACCACCUGCCCACCCACAGUCAGAUGGAGCGGUCGAGUGCUGUACAAUGUCACGCACACAUACACGGUGACACCCACGCAUGCGUACAGAGAGACACGGGGACACUUGUACAAACCGACGCGCAGAGCAAUUUGAAGAAUGAGAGACUGAUGUCAAGCACGCAACAGGGUGGCGUAGAUAAGCACUUUCAGACACCUUUGGCCUCAUCCUCACGCCAGAGCUGCGUAUAUGAACGCUCACAGAUACCUCUGAGCAUGCACAAACACUCAGAGACAGAGUGUCCUGUGCAUGGAGAGGGAGAAGCACAGACACCUCUAAGCAUACACAAACACUCAGAGAAAGGGCGUCCUGUGCAUGGACAGGGAGAAGCAGCGCCCUGGCUGCCUGUGCUGAGUGUGGCGCUAGACAACGGGUUCGUGUGCACGUGGGAUGUGCUCGUGAAUGGACACGUGUUGCAGGUGCUGCCCCCCCACUCUGCAAUCCAUGUACGGCCACGUGUGUGCUCACCGAGACACACGGGCACACGCAUAGACGCACAGAUGUAUACAGAGUCGCAGACACGAUUACAUACACAAUCACAGACUCACCAGGUGCUUACCAAUGGUGUGGAUAUACGAGAUGGAUCGUUGGUUAGGGGAUCGCGAGAGUACACAUACGAUGACAAUGACAGCAAGGACAACCGAAGCAGAGUUAUCGAUUCAACUAACAUGACAAACAUCAAGACAGACGAUACAAGCAGUGUCGGUAUGGCUAUAAAAAACCAGGGCGGAACUAAACACAGUGAAGGCAGUAGUCUGAAGGCAGCAAAUACGUUCAUGUACACUCCGGCCAGAACACCCAACGGACUAGUGCAAAGUAUGGCCACGCUGGGCAAGCGCACUCUACACACACCUGUGAGGGCGUACAGCAACACGUCAGAGGACACGGGUGAGACACAGACUGAGCAAAGGGGACGCAGGAGCCUAUCUACUACUACCGCGGGUAAGGAUGCGGUGCACUCGGAGGAGUUCUCGCCGGAUGUGUUUGCUAGGCCGUUUGGGGUACCGAACUUUAGUCAAACGCCCCACUCGCGCACACAAGAGCCAGUGUUCACAAACCGGCGCGCCAAUACAGACAGGGAGACACCAGUUCUAUUUAUAGGUACCAAUCAAAUGGAUGCAAAUGUUUCUCAGCCAAUGAUGAACGGUCAUGUAGACGCGGAGGCAGAUCAAAUUAGAGGGGAAAGUCCAGAACCGCAGGAAGAUAUCGAGGAUGUUGCGGGUGUGUUUGCUAUCUCCAGAGGUAUGUAUUACGCUGUGGUGGAUACGCUAGGACGCGCAGAGCUGUAUGAAUUCCGCCGAUCGUAGUAAGAAACGGAAAAAUAAAGCAGGCAUACUCCU